CCGUCACCACGGUAACGGUGUGUUUGUAAAAGCGCCUUAAGGGAGAAAUGAGACUGAAACGGCUUCAUAUUCGCUAUUAUCCACCAGGAAUAAUUCUGGACUAUGAGAAAGGAGGACAGCAGAGGACUAAAUCCAUUGACCUGCUGGAUUUGACCCCCGAGUGUGAUGUGAAUGAGGUUCUAUCAGAGAUCAGGAGAGUGGAGCCACUAAUCACGGCGUCCCGAGCAGAGCAGGUGAAGAUUCUGAUCCAAAGACUGCAGGACAAACUCAGCAAGCCGGACAAUCGCAAGUUCUACCUGUUCAAGGCACUCCAGGCCCAUAUCCUGCCUCUGACGAAUGUUGCCUUCAAUAAAUCAGGGUCAAGUUUUAUAACUGGGAGCUAUGACAGGACGUGUAAAAUAUGGGACACGGCAUCAGGAGAGGAGCUGCAGACGCUGGAGGGCCAUAGAAACGUUGUUUACGCCAUUGCUUUCAACAACCCCUAUGGGGAUAAGAUAGCCACAGGCUCCUUUGAUAAAACCUGCAGGUUAUGGAGCACUGAAACAGGGAAAUGUUUCCACACCUUUAGGGGACACACCGCAGAAAUAGUGUGCCUAGCCUUUAACCCUCAGAGCACCCUGGUUGCCACGGGCAGCAUGGACACCACAGCUAAAUUAUGGGAUGUGGAGAGCGGUGAGGAGGUUUACACUCUGGUUGGUCACUCUGCUGAGAUAAUCUCGCUCUCCUUUAACACGAUUGGGAAUCGUUUGGUCACAGGCUCGUUUGACCACACAGUCAGCAUGUGGGACGUUUCUUCAGGCAGGCGAGUGCACACGCUGAUAGGCCACAGAGGGGAGAUCAGCAGUGUGAACUUCAACUGGGAUUCAUCCCUCAUCGUCACGGCCUCCAUGGACAAAACCUGCAAGGUGUGGGAUGCUGAUGGUGGUCAGUGUUUAGCUACUCUUAUUGGGCAUGAUGAUGAAGUGCUGGAUGUUUGCUUUAACUACACUGGUCAACUCAUUGCCACGGCUUCAGCAGAUGGUACGUCGAGGGUGUUUAAUGCACAGACGCAUGAGUGUGUGUGUAAACUGGAGGGCCAUGAAGGAGAGAUCUCUAAGGUGUGUUUUAACCCCCAGGGGACGUGUGUGUUGACAGCCAGUGCGGAUAAAACGGCGCGUGUGUGGAGUGUGAGCUCCGGAUCUUGCCUGCAGGUGCUGGAAGGUCACACGGAUGAGAUCUUCUCCUGCGCCUUCAACUAUGAAGGAGACACCAUCAUCACAGGCAGUAAGGACAACACCUGCAGGAUCUGGCGCUGAAGGAACGUAUGUUUCUGCUGGAACCUGCAGGAUUUUGAGGAACAUCUCAGUGUUAAACACGGCCUGAUCCCUGUGCUCAAGAUGUGUGGAGCACAAAUGUGUCCUGAUUCAGUCUCUCCUGCUUUUACGGUACACACUUCAAAACGACGGUUCUUCAAAAGGGAACGGUUCUGUUUCAAUCAUCUAAUCAACCUUUAUUUAAACUCCGUGUACAAUGACCCUCAUUUACAGUGUAGCCAAACCAAAACAGAAAACAGCAUUGCAACUGCAAAAGAGGAAAUCUUAAAUAUAGUCAAAAGAUAUUUCUCUUGUUGAGAUGUUGCUGUUGUAGCUUAGUUUAAGAUUAUUUACCUCGUUUGUAGAUAUUAUUUACGUGUUUUAAGUGAUUUUAGUAAGUAAAAUUAUCUCAGUAUGCUUUGCUUGUUGUGCUUGAAAUCAACAAAUUCUUUUUUUUUUUUAUUAUUUUCUUUUAAGAGCAAGACCAAAAGCAAACAUGUCACAGCAUUAAUUACAAGAAAAUAGAGAACAGCACUGUCUAUGCUCAAAAUUUUUCCCCAUUUUCUCCCCCAAACAUUUUGGUCCACCCCCAAUCAUACCAACCCACAGAGGAGCAAAACAGAAUAACAUAAUGAGUUGAGUCUGUAAAAAAUAAAUAAAUAAAUAAAUAAAUAAAAAUAAU